AUAACCGCAUUUUAAUAACAAAUCGAGAAAUAGUGUUCCAUCUGUUUGCCCAGCAGGCAGAACCCAUUGUGUGUGUGGAGCAGAUGUCGCCAAGUCGAUUCCUUUGCCGAAAAUUCCUCGAAAUCAAUCUUUAAAUAUAACAUUUUUACUGUAAGGCGUUGGCGUUUCUUUCGGCAUUUGACUUGCGGAUCGAGAAGCGACCGGUUUUACUCUACAAGUAGUGGCUGCUACUAAAUAGAAAAAUAUGACUUAUCCACUGUGUGUGUGCCUCGCGUCGCGAGCUUGAAAGAUCUAUGCAGAUCCUAACUUUUAUAUAUUAGGGGGCGCUCUUCGGAUGCUUUAGUAUAGCUCGGUAACUCCAUCGCGCAUCAACAUGGCCUCAGCGAAAUUGCUACUUUUCACUGCCCUGGUGGCCCUUAUGGCCGCCCACAGCUCGGCGGGACUUCUGGACUACGUCUUCCCCACCAUUGUGUCGGAGUACUACAACCAGGCGCCGACCAAGGAGGGAUACCGCUUCGCAUCGGAGGAGCCCAAUGGCAGCAAGCGCGAGGAGAUGGGCGUGAUCAUGAACCCCGGCACUCCCGAGGAGCAACUGGUGGUCAUGGGUAUGUACUCCUCGUACGAUGAAAAGACUGACACCGAGACUGUGACCAUGUACACCGCCGACAAGGAUGGUUACAAGGCCCGCUACCAGAUCAAGAACCGGAAACUGAGCCCCGGAGCCCUGAAGUCCGCUGCUGGAUAAGUAGCUUGUAGAUAAGAGUUGUAAAUAAAUGAGUCAAAAAUAUAUGCUCUCUACUGCUGAAACUGCUUAAAA